AGCGGAGGGAGGUGUUUCUGUCAGUUCCGGCUGUUUGUUCGGGAAGUGGAUCCGCCGCUGCCGGAGCAGCCCGGAGGGAGCUGCGGAUCGCGAGGCCAGCACCGACCCCGCCCGCUAGCGCUCGCCUCCCCCGCCCGCCAUGGCCCGGGACUACGACCACCUCUUCAAGCUGCUCAUCAUCGGCGACAGCGGUGUCGGCAAGAGCAGUUUACUGUUACGUUUUGCAGACAACACUUUCUCAGGCAGUUACAUCACCACGAUCGGAGUGGAUUUUAAGAUUCGGACUGUGGAGAUCAACGGGGAGAAAGUGAAGCUGCAGAUCUGGGACACGGCCGGGCAGGAGCGCUUCCGCACCAUCACCUCCACGUAUUAUCGGGGGACCCACGGGGUCAUCGUGGUCUAUGACGUCACCAGCGCUGAAUCCUUUGUCAACGUCAAGCGGUGGCUUCACGAAAUCAACCAGAACUGUGAUGACGUGUGCCGGAUACUAGUGGGGAAUAAGAAUGACGACCCUGAGCGGAAGGUGGUGGAGACAGAAGACGCCUACAAAUUUGCCGGGCAGAUGGGGAUCCAGUUGUUUGAGACCAGCGCCAAGGAGAAUGUCAACGUGGAAGAGAUGUUCAACUGCAUCACAGAGCUGGUCCUCCGAGCAAAGAAAGACAACUUAGCGAAACAGCAGCAGCAACAACAGAACGAUGUGGUGAAGCUCACGAAGAACAGUAAACGAAAGAAACGCUGCUGCUAAUGCCCCCAGCCCACUGCAGAGACUGCCCUGCGGCCACUCCCCCCGCCCCAGGCCAGGGGGCUCCUCUCCUCGGGGGACACUGUUUCGUGCCGUUAUUUAAAGAAUUCUCUCCACGUUUUUGUACCGGGAGGCGCCACUGGCACUUCCUCCCCUCCCUCCUUGAGUGCCAAGAA